AUGCUGCUCCCUUACAUCUUCUUGUCGCUCGUUACGGGGUCUUUUACGUCGAGGAUUAUCUUCGAGAAUGAGGGCAAACCGGACUCCCAUCUAGAGUCUCUAAGGGGCAUCGUGGAAGGUCCUCUGGCAGGGUGGAAUGCGGUGUUCUACCUCGACCCCAGUCUGGAGGCGCACGUCUGGGAAUACGUCCGAGGUCUUCUCGUCGGCCGGAACGCAUCCCACGUCUUGGUCGACCUGGGGUCGGACGGCGCUCUGUGGUCGGAGGAGCAGCCGCUGGAACUGCUUCGGGGGGCCCUCAUGGUCCACGUGGUCGUGUUCCAAAACGACCCAAUGCCUUUCUUUGAAGCGGUCUCCCUCCAGUGGAAUCCUCAGUACCUGCUUUUCUUUAGCGUGUCGAACGAGACCAAACAGGACUUGCUCUUGGAAGAAACCUUCAAGGGCAUCGAGAGACUACUGCUAGUAGAGAGGACCUACUUGACAAACUCCGGAAAUCAACCAAUUUCAAGAAUGUACACCUCCUUUCCAUUCGAAGCGAAACAAAUCAAGCCCGUUGGCAGUUGGGACGACGCGGCGUCUACCUCGAGGGAAGACGUCUUUGUCGACCGCUUCGAGUCGUUCAGAGGUUACGAGUUCCAGCUUGGAACUUGGUUGGACGACUACCCUUACCUCUAUCAGUCGAAGACGAAGCCAGAGGGUUAUGGUGACGGCGUGGAGGUUGAGAUGCUCGACGCCUUGUCCGGAGUGCUAGACUUCAAGUACAAUUUAACGACUGCGCCACCGGACCUGAAGUGGGGGGCCUUCGAGAACGGCUCGUGGACGGGGAUGCUGGGGAUGGUGCACCGCAAGGAGAAGAACUUCACCGUCAACUACUUCGGCAUCACAGGCGAGAGAGUCGACGCCUUCGACGCCACCGUCUCCUAUUGGAUGGAGGGAUUCGGGAUGUCGAUGCUGUCCCCGCCGCCGCUUCCGAAGUGGAGGGGAGCUUACUAUCCUUUCACGCCCUCCGUGUGGCUCUCCCUCGCCGUCACCUUCGUCCUCGUCUUGAUGGUCAUGUCAGUUCAGGAUAGCAUGCAGCCGGAGCCCUUUCUUGGUGGCGUGGGUUCUGCGUGGCCCUACCUCCUGCGGGCGAUGUUCAACAACAGCAUUCCUCGCCUGCCGAAGGCCCAGUGGCAGCGCCUGUUCGUGGGGUCUUGGUGGCUGUACUGCUUCAUCGUGACCACCGCCUACACGGCCAACCUCGUCGCCUUCCUCACCAUCCCGGUCUUCCCCGCGCGUAUCCAGACCGUCAAGCAGCUCGCGGAGAGCAGUUACAGGGUGUCUAUGUAUGACUACGGGGAGUUCGUGCCCGGGGCCCUAAGGUCGUCCGAAGACACUCACUACAAGGCCCUCGGGGAAAAGCUGGAUCUCUUCGUUAACUAUGGCGACUCCGUGAGGGUUAUGAAGGAAAGAACGCAUGCCUACAUCGAAAGCUAUUCUUAUAAUCGUAUUCUUGUCUUCGUGGAUUAUGAGGUAUGGGGAAAUGGCUAUUCAAGUCUUGAAGUGAAGAACUCGUACAUGUUGAGGGAGCAGCUGUACCCCGGCCACCUGUGUUGGUACUUCCAAAAGAACACGGCCUGGAAGUACAAGUUCGACCAUGGGAUACGACGGCUUGUGGAAUCCGGUCUGAUCGCGUACUGGAUCAAGCUGAAAACCGAGGACUUCCUUGGGCGUGACUUCGAGAAAGGGCAGCAGCUGCAGGACGAGGAGCGCCGUAACCAAGCCCUGGGUCUCGAACACCUCCAGGGCGUGUUCUUCGUCCUCGCCAUGAGCUGGGCGGCGGGCGUCCUCGUGUUCGCCGCCGAGAGCCUGCGACACCGCUGCCUCUUUCGGGAAAAUAUCGGAUAUUGA